CUGGCUCACUGUCUGAACGUGGCGUGCCAGGCGGGCGUUUCCCCAGUUCCUUUCUGUGCUGUGUGUCUGGCUCUGGAUCUCGUUCCAUGUUCAUGGUCACCGGCUCCCUCUACUAUCGUCACUCUCCUAAUACAGCGAGGGGAUACACAGCAAUAGGAAUGGAAAAUUAAAGCGAGUUUGGAACCUACUUGGUGGCAGACUUAGCAUCGGAACGUCUGCAGCAGCCUGGAUCCGUCGGUGCCGAGACGGCCUUGGAGUUUAUACAGGCGAGACGUUGUGCAGUCCACUGAAAGGGGCCAAGCAGCUGGAAGAGGCGGCAGCAGGGACUCAACUCAGCAGCCUCCUGUCCCCGCAGCUGUGCGAGUGAAGCUGGGGGUUGCGUGGCCCAGACAUCGCCCUCACCCCUCACAUCAGAAGAAGUCGAGGGGUGAGGGGUGGAAGAUCCCCGUGGUGGGGGACGAGGGCCAAUAACCCCGCAGCUACCGAGAAUUUUGUUUUACUUUCCUGGAGCUGCGGUUAUAGUGACAAGGAAAGGGAGGGGAAGCAAGAUAUUGAUGAAUAAAACGUUCUCCGACAAGACGGAGAGAGCAAUAUAAUGAAAGGGGAAAAGAUCGGCUGAAGACUGGCGAUCGGAUGAAAAGAAAAUUAAAUUGAAAGCAAUUAAGACCGUACUCCGAAGAGAAAAGGAUUGAUUUUUUCGAAAAGGAAAAUAUCCGCAAAACCAAGGGACUUAAAAAAGGUGAACGUUUAUUUUUUCCCCUUCCUUCGAGCGGAAAAGCAACAUCGCCGCGGAGAAAAAACAUAUUUAAAACGGGAGAUUCCUCUCAUUUUUGACAAGUUUUAAACAAAUAUAUUUCCGAUUUAUCUCCCCGACACAGAGGACCCCAUUUAAACUUUUGAUUGAGAAUUUAACAGGAAAGACAAAUGGAAAUCUUCAAUAUAUUGCGCAGACCGUAAUUUCCCACAGAAGAAAAUAGUUUCAAAGAGAAUAUUUCCCCACCCUCUUGGUUGGGAAGUCGACGGUUCCCCGCCCCGGAUUUUAAAUAACCGGACUAAAAAGGAAAACAAUUUAUAAAUCCAACCGGACCGGGAGUUACCGUAAGCGGAGCCACUUCCCGCCCAUCAUCCGAGCCCAUCGGACCCAGGCCCCAGGCCCCGACUGUUGGUUGGUCUCGCCGUCCGUCCCAGUGGCGCCGCCAACAACGACCAAGCGAGAGCCAGGGGCCGCAUCAGGGGGCAGUUGGACUCGGCCGGUGGCGGGCCCGCCGUCGCUCUCCUCACGGGAUUUUCUCGUCUUCUUACUGUAUUCCAGCCGCCAGUCUGCGGAAACGAUGAAUGCACGGUCCCGCGCCGUUGGCGUGGUGCUGCCCAGUUGUCAGUAACCAAGGAGCCGCACUGACCGCACGACGUCUUCUGAAUAUUCUUGUGCAUUCGUCGUCGUUGGACAUGGCUGCUUCCUUCUGCCUUCUCUUCUUUGGGAUGCAGGCCGCCUUGUUAAGCGCCGGGGGCGCUGCCCAGAGUAAUGAGAGGCGCUGUGCCUUCAAAGACUCGUUUACACACUCUGAGGAGCAUGGCAUCAAUGAAGAACGCAUCAACCAGGAAAAUGGCACCAUUGUGUGCGAGAAGGGCAGUCAGUGCUAUGGAUUGUGGGAGAAGAUGAGAGAUGGAGGCGUUCACAUAAAAAAGCAAGGCUGUUGGGGUCACUUUGGAGACAGGGAGGUGUGUGAUCCUCCAGAGUGUGUGGUGACAAACCACAGACAGAAUGGCACUUUCCGCUUCUGCUGCUGUAGUACCGAUAUGUGCAACGUCAACUUCACUGAAAACUUUAUCCCAUUGCCCGAUCCAACAGAUUCAGUACCACGCAGUACUUGGAGACGACAUUUCAAAGAGGAGCCAAUUGUAAUUGCCUUGGCAUCAGUAUCUGUCGUAGCUGUCCUGAUCGCUGCUUUCUUCUUUGGUUAUAGAAUGCUUGCAGGAGACAGGAAGCAUGGACUUCACAGUAUGAACAUGAUGGAGGCAGCACCAUCGGAGCCUUCCCUUGACCUGGAUAGCCUCAAAUUGCUUGAGGUGAUUGGCCGGGGUCGGUAUGGUGCUGUGUAUAAAGGGUCGUUGGAUGAGCGCCCAGUGGCUGUGAAGAUCUUCAGUGCUUCAAACCGUCAGAAUUAUCUCAAUGAGAGAGACAUAUACAGACUCCCAAUGAUGGAGCAUGAAAACAUAGCCCGUUUCAUUGUGAGCGAGGAAAGAAUAUCCAGUGACAAUAGAACAGAGUACAUGCUGGUGAUGGAGUACUAUCCCAGUGGCUCAUUGUGUAAGUACCUGAGUCUCCAUAGCAGUGACUGGGUUGGCUCAUGUCGGAUGGCACACAGCAUCACCAAAGGUCUCGCCUACCUUCACACAGAACUGCUGCGAACUGAUCAAUACAAGUCAGCUAUUACACACCGGGAUCUCAACAGCAGGAAUGUGCUGGUGAAGAACGACGGAACAUGUGCCAUCAGUGACUUUGGUCUUUCCAUGAAACUAACUGGUAAUAGAUUGGUUCGACCAGGAGAGGAGGACACUGCAGCCAUCAGUGAGGUUGGCACAGUCCGCUACAUGGCUCCUGAGGUGUUGGAGGGAGCAGUAAACCUGCGGGAUUGUGCAUCUGCUCUCAAACAGGUGGAUAUGUAUGCACUCGGCCUUAUUUACUGGGAAAUAUUCACAAAGUGCACAGAUCUUUUUCCAGGAGAGACGGUGCCUGACUAUCAGAUGGCCUUCCAGGCCGAGGUGGGAAACCAUCCUAGCUUCGAGGAUAUGCAACAUUUGGUCUCUCGAGAGAAGCAAAGACCCAAAUUUCCUGAAGCCUGGAAAGAAAACAGCCUGGCAGUCCGAUCACUAAAGGAAACAAUGGACGACUGCUGGGACCAGGAUGCAGAAGCUCGUCUCACGGCCCAGUGUGCAGAAGAGAGAAUGGCAGAUCUCAUGGUGAUGUGGGAUCGAAACAAGUCUGUUAGUCCCACAGUCAAUCCGAUGUCACAGUUUACUACAACAGCAAUGCAGAAUGAACGGAAUCUUUCACACAGUCGACGAGCACCAAAGAUGGGACCAAACCCUGAUUAUUCUUCCUCUUCAUACAUUGAAGACUCCGUCCACCACACUGAAGGAAUAGUAAAAAAUAUAGCUUCUGAAAACUCUACAUCUGGCACGCCAUCGACCACCAGUGAGAAGAACCGCAAUUCCAUUAACUAUGAAAGGCAACAGGCUCAAGCACGGAUCCCCAGUCCAGAGACCAGCGUCACCAGCUUGUCGGCAACAACCACCACUACCAACACAGCGGGCCUCACACCCAGCACUGCCAUGUCCACAAUUUCUGAAACACAAUACUCUGAGGAUACCAACACACAGGUGGGCAACUUGUUGCCACCUCUGAGCUCUACCCCAGUGUGCCUGCAACUGACUGAAGAAGACCUGGAGACCAACAAGCUAGAUCCUAAAGAAGUGGAUAAAAACCUCAAAGAGAGCUCAGAUGAAAACUUGAUGGAGCACUCUUUGAAGCAAUUCAGUGGGUCUGAUCCCCUUGGUGGCAGCAAUCCCAGCCUCCUCUAUCCUCUGAUCAAGCUGGCAGCUGAAGUAACUGGGCACCAGGAUUUUCCCCAACCCAGCACCAGCCAGGCUUGUUUGAUCCCUGACAUCCCAGCCACUCAAAUGUACCCCCUCCCCAAACAACAGAACAUACCCAAGCGUCCUACCAGCCUCCCCCUCAACACUAAAAACAUGGCGAAGGAAUCACGGCUGAAGUUUGGCAGCAAGCACAAGUCAAACCUUAAGCAGGUGGAGACAGGAGUGGCAAAAAUGAACACCAUAAAUGCGGGGGAGCCUCAAGUGGUAACUGUCACAGUGAAUGGCAUUACUAGAAGAGAUCAGGUAGGGAACCCACACCCAACGGUCACGCAGUAUGCAAAUGGAUCAGUACCUGGCCCUCAGAAGUCCAAUGUAGCAAGCCAUCGAGGCCAGGAAUCCCUCCAGACUCAGUUUAGUGGGGAGGACAGCAGAGUGAAUAUAAACUCCAGUCCCGAUGAACAUGAACCAUUGCUGAGGAGGGAACAACAAGCUACUCGGGAUGACAUCAUUGCCGAGAGACUAAUGGACAGGAGGGAUCGUCCGCUUGACCAGGGACGGACAAAUUCCAACAAUAACAACAACAGCAAUCAAUGUGGCACAGUGGAUGGUGCAUUGGCAAAUGACCAGCAUGGCCCCGUGGCACGGCGGCAAGGCAGGAGGGCAGAAAGGCCAAACUCACUCGAUCUUUCAUCAGCCACUAUUUUGGACAGCUGUAGUAUGCCAUGUGAGACGACAAAGGAAAGUAAGCAGGCCUCUUCUGGGGACAAAAUAAAGAAACGAGUUAAAACUCCAUACUCGCUAAAAAGAUGGCGGCCUUCAACAUGGGUCAUUUCGACGGAUCCCAUUGAUGGCGAGGUGAACAACAACAGCGGCAGCAACAGUACAGUGGGGCGCUCGAAAUCCAGCACCACCGUUUACCUGAUCGGGGGGGGUAGCGGUGGCACUGCCACAGCAGCAGAUUGCAGGGAGACUGAACUGAACUGCUUAUGAAUCUUCAAUUAUUACUUUGUACUUCAUAUGGAGAGAAAGAAACAAAUGUAAAAGGACAGCUAUUCCACCCUUGAACUGCACGCCUAUCCCAACUAUCCUGAUAAUUCCUUUCCAAAUUUAAAAAAAUGCUUUAGAGUUCAGCUAUGGAGCAAAGCUUAGAAAAUCUGUCAUUUCACAAGCUUUUUUUUGUUUGAUUUCUUUCUUGUUGCACUUUUUUUGGAAAGGGGGAAAGAUUAAUCUUUGAGUGAAGCCUAGCCUGAGGCAAGCACUACGAAGGGUCUCGCAGAGGUCUCAGAAAAAUAAGCAGCACAACUUUAUUAGCACUCAUUGUGGAUCAGCUGAACCUCUGGUGAAGAUCAUGCACGUGGGUUCUCAAGGCAGGUGUAACUAAUGGCGAGAAAUGUGAAAAACACGGCGUCUUUUGCCUCCCCAUUGAUGCCAUUUAUGGAGACAUUCUGAUUUUGCUAUUGAAUUAUUAAGAGUGCAGUAUCACCUUGAGAAACAAAACCUUUGUUGGAAUGUGCAAUAUGCGUAGCUAAGUAACGCUUUUAAGAAAAGAAAGAAAAUUAUUAUUUAAAAGUUGUCUCUUCUCUGUAUUUCACUGAAGGUUGCUUAAUGUGCAUGGCCAUUCUUCCUCUUCCCCAGCCUUUUCCGCACUCCCAUCCCCAUUCCAGCCAUGGAGAGCUGGUGCACUAUGCAUGAUUCCCAAUGUUGUUAUGAUGGCAUUCAUCUCCCCUCCCUCCCACUAGAAUUGACAUUAGCGUCCUCCAGAUACACCGGUCCAUCAGUACACAAUUCAGUAUUAGUUGGCCAAGCACUUAAACUGUCCACUAUCUUGCUAUCUUCUCCCCCCAUUCCCCCUGAACACUGGCCACUGAAACCCAUUUUAAUGGUGUGUCUGAUCCUGCACCUACUCGACUUCUGAAAUUUUAAAUGAUGGAUCAAUCUUUAUGGUGUACUGGUUUUUCCAAUAUCUCAGUUUCAUAUUUAAUUGUGAACAUGGAUGUGGAUGAACUGAUUACACAGUGAGUUUUCACCUCUGGUUCAUAGGUUCAUAUUGUUGAUAAAUAUUUUCUGAGUGCUAACACUAAGCCUCCUUCAAAGAAUGUUAGAUGGUAAUCCAGUUCCUAGCUGACACUAACUCACUGUACCAAAAACAACCCUGAUUUACACUACAUUUAUAAUCCUAGAGGGGUUGUUACAAGGGGAAAUAAAAUCACAGGUAGACUUGGGUAUUCUCCCAAAGUUAUAUUUGUGCCACAUUAGCUGGAACAUAGAAGAGUAUCCAACCCAUGCUAUACCUUCCUGGAAGCAUUUGUUGUCGGACAAUGUAGAGUUGGCUUUAACCUGUAUCUAAACUGUGCCAGUACUUUGCCUUAUGAGUAUUUGGUGCUGACAUUAGCUGCUUGAAGUUUCUUUCUGAAGUGGUAAUAUCCCUUGCCUGGAGAUGUUUAACAAAAUAACAGUCUAAUCCCCCUAACUGAAGUUUAAAGAACAAUGUCUGCUCUUAGAUCUCCUGACCUAUUUUGCUUCUGUCCAGUACAGCUACAGUUUGCACUGCACCGUUUAUAUCUUGCAUGGCAGGUCGAGUAGCCAAAAAAGAAAGCAUGGAGAAGAGGAUUACCUCCUUAGUUUGCGAUUUGUGAUAGAUAGGAGAUCUUCAAGAUGAAACAUGUCCACUUUAUUAAGGUCCAUUGAAAUGUGGUUUCUCAGAGUUGGGUUAAAAUGCAAGGUGGCUGCACUGUAGCUUGUGGUUCAAUCUCCAAAUGCCAGUUCAUUAAAACACUGAAUCAUGUCUUGUGGCCAUUUUACCAUUGGCCACAAUUGUGAUAAAUAUAAAUAAUAGGUGAAUAACUUUAGCCUUGUUCAUACAUUAUUUCUUGUCUUCCAGUUUGAAGGGUUAGGUUGUUUGGCUAUAUUGAGCUGCAGUAAAUGACAGUAAACUGUUCUAAAACAGUUCUUAAACUCAGCACAAUUUAUAUGUACAUAUCUGGCUCCAUGAUUACAGAUAUUAGAACUGUGAGCACAACAGCUUGAUGUGGAAGCAGACCCAGAGUUAAUCAUAUUUGGACCUGGCUUCUGAAUCUCGGGUGCUGUAGCAGUUUCACUGCUGCAGUUCAAUCCCCAAUACUCAGGAGUGUUCCCCUAGCUGCUGGCUUUCUUGGUGGAAGGGACGGUGGGUAUAAAGCCAUGGUUACCAGUGCUGUCCAUUUCAUUCCUAAUUCCUUCUCAGCAUGUGCUGUUUGAAGGGAUUUCCAUCUUCUUCAUAUCAGAAUGGUUCAUAAUAUUUAAAUGAUGGGGAUAAAAUAGGCAAUCCGGGAUUUUACUUAUUGGAGCAUUAAAGGUUGAGCGGAGAGUUGAUGGAGAUGUACAAAAUCUUGAAUACAAAGGGUGUAGUUGGGUGGGGGUUGCUGUUGUAAAUGCAGGCCAAAAAAGGCUAGAGAGCACAAACUUAGGGGGUUUGGCAAGAGAUUCAAGCUGUACAAAGGGAUUUAUUUUACCCAAACAGUAGUUAUGAUCUAAUAUGUAUUCUCAAAGUGCAGUGGAUGCAGAUUCAGAUGUGGCUUUUACAUUGAACUGGAUCAAUAUGAGAAAGUAAUAUAUUUGCAGGUCAGUGGUGGGGGGGGGGGGGGUAAAAACAGGAAUGGAGCGGCCUGACUAAAGAAAACUGGCAGUGUACAGACACAAAGGGCUAAACGACGUGUUGUUACAAUGCUCCAUGCUUGUUAUUGUGGCAGCUAACGGCAGCAUGAAAUAAGAACAUUGGUUUACAGGCAUAGAUUCUUAAUUGUUGGGUUUUUACUAAUAAGCCCCUGGUAAGAUUCUUCCAACCUGACAUGAGAAAUUAAAAGUCUGUCCCCAGACACUAACUCAAGCCCAGUUAUUUGAAAAUAUCAUCCAAAUUUGCUUAGCUAGUUGCAUGUGAUCUCCUGUUUGAAAAUAAAAAGAGUACUUUUUGGUUAUGUCAAUGCUGGAAAUCUGAAACCUAAACAGAAGCAAUUCACAAAAUAACUUUUGACAAGCAAGAGGAAAGAUAGAAGAACAGUUUCAGAGAUAAGUUUUCCCCAGCUGAGCAUAUUUUUUUCUUACACCUGACCUUUAUUUCUUUAAUUUUUUUGUGGAUUUAAUAUUAGUUCUUUGAGAAUGACUUCAAUCCAGUCCUAAUUUGUGCCAAUUUUGUUUUGACAAUCUUUGGUGGGGGGGAAGCUGAUUUAGCUUUCAGUAGUAAACCUCAGUUCCAAAUCCCAGCAGAAAUCACUGCUUAAAAGCAAAACAUUCAAUUAUUGCUUAAUGUCAUUUAUUUGAGUGUAAUGAUUAAACUUAAGAUAUUCCCCAUAAUUAGCAAUUGCACUAGGUAUGUAAACAUGAGUAGCUGAUUUCAAUAAUCAAGAGCAACUUGCCCUGAUGGCUUAUCCCUACUGUAUGUGAUUAAUCCACAAGGUUUAGAAAGUGUUUGGGGUGUAAUUCCCUGUCCUACAUUGACCUCAGCUAAGUUCUCAGGGUAAAGAGGACAAAUCGGUUGGAAAAUGCCCAAUUAUGAGAACAGAAUUAGCCUUGGAUUUGGGUGCCUCACAUUUGAACUGCUCGCUAACGCUCACUGUGAAGGCACAUGCCUGGAGCAUGACCCGGAGAUACUAAUGGGGAAGCUGUACUACCAUCUUAGAGAAAGGCAGAGAAGUAAAUUUAGAAUAUUAAGAUGCCUCUGGUUAAAUAGUCAAGAACAUUAUUAGAUGUGUGGAGAAAAUUACCAUAUAUGGUAAAAUGUUUCCGGCAGCACUGGAGUUAUCUGUGGCAAGGUUCAGUCUUAUCCCUGUACCAGAGAUUUAUCCAGAUUCUUGGAAAUAAUGCAUAGAUAUCUUGUAUCAUGAAAUUGUAUUAGAAAAACUGCAGAAUUGAUUAAUUAUCUACAGGAAUCAUUACUGCAAAAUACUGCAGCUUUGAGGUUGUUACCCAGGAGUCAUGAAGUACCUCACAAACCUUGCUUAUAUAUAAAUAUAUAAAUGUGUUAAUUAUUCUGACAUAACAUUAUAAGACCAUUUUUAGUUAUAAUAUUGAGGAGUUAUAACAGUUGGAAGCGUUUUAUAAAGGUGUUACGAUUAAGAUUUUUUUUCCUUACAUGUGUAUAUCCGAACACUACCACUGCCCAAUGAUUCGAAGUAAUUUUUUUCUCAGUCAUUCCUGUUGGUGUCGGAUUCAGAUUUGAAAUCACAGCCUUGGGAUGUUACUUCCAGAAAAGAUGCUUCAGCAUGUAUAGAUUAAUGACUCAAAACAUAAAAGGUUCUGACGCCCUCGACCACUUCUGGAUAAGAUAAUGAAUGGGUAGAUGGGAUGUGAGUUUUGUAAAGUUUGUACUGCAUGGUUAUUGUAACGUUGAAUGUGUCUGAAUGAAGCUGUUCAAUUUUCCAUUUACUUAAAAAAUAAUAAUUAAAAAGUCAGCUGGCACCACAGGGACAAUUGUAACCAUGACCUGUUUUCUAUAUGUGCUGUAAGUAAAUUGCUUUGGUAGCUCCAGGUUCCAAUGAUUGGAAAAUAACUAAGUUUACUGGUACAGCCUGCUGACUUAAUUGCAGUGAGUAGCUGGCUGUAAAAUCUUGCUUAUUAAAGAGUAUAUUCAUGACAAA